UGAACAACCCGGUGCAAUACAUCUGUAGUAAACUGCUGUUGUUUUUGGGAUCUAGGAUAGCCCGAAGAACACUAACAACUGAUAAGAGAGACAAUACUGGUGGUUGACAGCAUAAUUGACAUCGGCAGCACAUUAUACAACAAUCUUGAGGAUCAUGGCAGACACCAAUCAGCCUCGUGUUAUGUUGUGGGCGGUUUACCGUUCAUGCUCCACGGUAACCAUGCGAGCCUUAAGCACAAUCGAAGGAGGAAAAUACUUCUACGAGCCCUAUACCGCUGCUGCAUACUUUGGCCCAGAAAGGGUGUUUCCGAGAGUUAAUAGUGUACUUGACAAGGCUACCAGUGAUCUUCCUGGUUCGGACCUCGCCUACGAUAACCAGGUGAAUACAUUUUCCUGGGUAAAACAGACAUUAGAAGAAGAACAUGAAGGGGCCAGACUAGUAUUCGUUAAGGAUCACGCAUACAGUCUGAAGAUAGCAGGGAAAGGUUGGGAUGAAAUCCCAAACGGAUAUCGGCACACUUUCCUUAUUCGUAAUCCCAACAAAACAAUUCCAUCAUGGAGGAAACUCAACUUGGAGUUCAAACCAUCUUCUGGAACAAUGGAUGAAGAGAAGAUGGAGGCGUGGCAGGAUCUACAGAUGGGCAGUCUCGCAGGAGGGUUUCAAAGCUUGAUUGAGCUCUACGAAUACGUCAGAGAAAACCUGGACCCCGACCCCUUCGUCAUGGAUGCUGAUGAUCUCCUGGCCGACCCGGAAGCAAUGAUACCGGCUUACUGUCAGGCAACAGGGAUACCUUUCAGGAAAAAGAUGGUGGAAUGGGGAGAAGACAACGGAGAACCAGCCCAAGCCAGAUGGGUCAUUUGCCGCCCCAAUCUGGCAUCAUUUCAACUCCAUUACAAACAAAAGGCUAUCACUGCCGCUUGCUUCUCAAAAGAAGUGGAAUCGGAGAUCAAAUCGACACCUAGUCCGAAAGUAGCUGCACUCAUUCAGCGUUGUAUGCCCUUCUAUGAAAAACUUUACCAGCAGCGCCAUGUUCUAGAGUGAUAACAUCAUCUGCGAGGUACGUGCGGGUUUUGUACGGUCU